AGUCAGACUGCCUCUGCUGGACUGGAGGAUCCACACUGCAGACUGGAGAAACUCAAUGUGGAACAUGGUGGAGAGUACACAAUGAAACCUGGGCUUAGAAAAUAUGUCUGUGAUCUCACACUGGACCUAAACACAGUAAACAGACUCCUCUCUCUGUCUGAGGAGAACAGAAAGGUGACAUGUAGGAGAGAGGAGCAGCCGUAUCCUGAUCACCCAGAGAGAUUUGAGGGCUGUAGACAGGUGUUGUGCAGAGAGGGUCUGACUGGGCGCUGUUACUGGGAGGCAGAGUGGAGUGGGAGAAUGGGGGCCGAUAUAGGAGUGACAUAUAAAGGAAUCAGCAGGAGAGGAUGGGGUAAGGACUGCGGGCUUGGAUGUAAUGACAAGUCCUGGAGUCUGAUCUGCUCUGACAACAGUUACAUUGCCAGUCACAAUGAUAAUGCCACAACCAUAGACGUCGCCCCUCCAGCUCCCACAGAGUAG